ACCUGACAGCACUGGCACGGCCCAGUCGACCUAGCAACUGUUAGUGGCAUGCGGCGAGAUCUUCUUCUUCUUCAAUAGAUGGCUCUGCGCAUACAACAGAUGCUCCAACGCCACUCAUCAGUGCUGUCAGCUGGAAGGAGUACUGCCCUACUCCCUCUCCCUACUCCGCGAUACUGAUGCCUGAAAAUUUGUGGCCAAGCCAAUUUGUACGGAUAGAACAGGUGAAAUUGAACAAAAAAGUCCUUUACUAUUUUGCAAAUAAAUAUGUGUAAGAUAUCAGAUCGCGGGAACGGGUUAGUGUUGCCAUCUGUGGUAAGCAACAUUCCCAACAAUAUUAGCAAUAAUAACCGCGCGACCUCUGACGAGGUAUAGAUAUGUAUAUAUGCGGAGACGAGAGUGGACGAGCACAUUAUCAUUAUUAUCUUGUCUUUUGGUGAUAGAGAUCUUUAUCAUCUUGUCUUUGGUGAUUGAGAUAUUAUAUUAGCGAAGAUUGGAUCGAAGAGUUUUUUGAGUGAUUCGAGCUCUUUAGCUUCUCGGCGUAUAGCCUUAUCGUUCCUCGAGGUGCGCUUUCAACCAUUGACGAUUAUUAAUACGUUUCUGACAUCGUCCGCUGCGCUCUGUAUUUAACCACACACACGACUGGAGAAGAUAGCCGUGUCUCAAAAAUGUAAAGAGAGGCCAAUUCUAAAUAUUUCCAAGAAUAUAAAGCCGAAAGCAGACGAGCGUCGAGCAGGUGUGCGAGCGCUCGCCACUCCGACUUUCUAUUCAGAAUUCCAUACCUGAAAAAGGUUGAAGGGUCGUUCAAUACAAUAGUUAUAAUCCAUGGUUGUAUCCAAUUCUUGACGCAUACACAUCGUAAGAAUAUCAUAGCAAGUUAUCCAAAAGGUACAAAAUCGACCUCUGAACGAGCUUCGAAACCGCGUAAGCGUCAAUUCCAUGGAAAUCGAUUCGUUAAAACAACAGACAAUGAAGAGUUGGAUACAAGCGGUAGCGCGAAAAAAUUAUUUACGGCGAGCAGCGAAGAUAUAAUUAUGAAUCCACUUCAUUGCUAUAGAAUCAUUGAAUUUUUCACAGUUUUUCAAGCAAUUGCUGGUAUUGUAAUCUGCGCAUCGUGCAAACAAAAAAUAAAAUUUGAAGAAAGCGUGCAUCGCGGCUUAGGCUUCAAAAUUAUAUUAUCGUGUAUGUGCGGUCGGAGUGAAAUUAAUUCAGGUCCGUUAAUAAACACCGGUUAUGAAAUAAAUAGACGAAUCGUGUUUGUUAUGAGGCUAUUUGGUGUUGGACGAGAUGACAUCAACGUAUUUUGUGGACUCAUGGACCUAUGUCAAGAGUUAGCGAAAUCGACGUACGAUAACAUAGUCCAGCACAUUCACUCGGCAUCGUAAUCGAUGUUCAAUACAGUCACUGAGAAAACUGUCAAAGAGGAACGAGAAGAGAAUGCAGAAAACGGGAACAUUGAAAAUCAUUUGAAAGUGUCUGGCAAUGUAUCCUGGAAAAAACGUAGCUUCACUUCAUUAUACGGUGUAACAACUCUCAUUGGACACUACAGUGGUAAAGUAAUCGACCUUAUCGUAGAAAGUGCAUACUGCCACAGCUGUACUCUAAACAAGAAAAUACUAGACGACGACGAAUUUGAAAAAUGAUACGAAACUCACGCAGAAUCAUGCUCUUCAAAUCACCAAGGUUCAGCUGGGAAGAUGGAGGUGGAUUCAAUCACAGAAAUGUUUUUAAGAUCUGACGAAAAAUUUGGCGUAAAAUAUACAAAUUACAUCGGCGACGGUGAUUCAAAAACUUUUGCAGGUAUUUUGAAGAUAAAUCCGUACGGUGAUGAUUGUCCUGUUACAAAAAAUGAGUGCGUGGGGCACGUACAAAAACGCAUGGGUUCAAGACUUCGAAAUAUAAAGCAAAAACGGAAGCUCGGUGGUAAGAAACGGUUGACAGACGGUGUCAUAAAAAAACUGACGAUUUAUUAUAUUUUGACCAUUAGAAGGAACGUGGAUUCUGUCCAAAAGAUGAAAGAAGCUAUAAUAGCAACGCUGGAUCAUUAUUGUUCAACUGAUGAAUCUCCUCGGCACGAUAAUUGUCCAGUUGGCAUCGACAGUUGGUGUGAAUGGCGCAAAGCUAAAUCCAUAAAUCAAUUAAAAUCUUUCAAGCAUCCCGAUCGAUUGAUUAAUGAAGAAGUUGAGAAACACAUUCGCCCAAUUUAUGAAGAUCUCUCAAACGAUAACCUUUUAAUGCGAUGCUUAGGCGGUUAUAUUCAAAAUUCCAAUGAGUCGUUCAACUCAACAAUUUGGCUCAUCACUCCAAAACACCUCAAUUCAGGUCAAAAAAUCGUUGAAAUUGCUGCCUACAUGGCUGCAGGUAUGUUCAACGAAGGGUAUUCAGCGAUUUUGAGUGUCAUGCAGUUGCUUAAUUUGAGUAUAGGCCAGCAGUGCAAAAUGUUUGCUGAUAUCGCUGACACGCAACGGAUCGAGAGAGAGAACAAGCGCCAGGCAUUUAGCAGUAAGGAGGCUCGUAUAGCUCGUAGACUCGAUCAAAUGCAUCACAAUGAGGUUUUUGAAGAAGUAGAAAGACUGUUAUAUGGACCAAGAAUAGCUGAUUAGCAGAUUAUCAGCGUAAUCAAGAAUUACGAGGUGGAUCUUUCCCGCCGAUUGAAGACUGCAGCGACAAGACGCCCAUGAAAUAGGCUUAGAAAUCUGUUAUAAUUUUUUUUUACUUUAAAAAAAAUUUUUUGUAUUCGUUAAAUAUAUAUAAAACCAU